AUGUUCUACCCCAUCAUCUACCCGCAAAACGUCGAGGUCUAUCAAAGAGAUACUUCCAACGGCAAGCUCUAUGCCAGCUUUCUUGACGCCGUUGAAGGCUUAUUCUGCGAAGGGGACGACCCAGCGAUUGACGGCAAGCCUGGCUCCCACGCCUGCGGUGCUUUCAAGCCAGCCAACGUCAUUACCAUUUCGUAUGCGGUUGUAGAAUGGGCCUUUUCACCUGCCAUUCUGCAGCGUCAGUGCAACGAGUGGAUGAAGCUUGAUCUCCAGGGCACAUCCGUCUUCCACGCGAGUGGCGACGUUGGCGUCGUUGGUCCGGUAUUCGUCUCCUGCUCAGGCAGCAACAAGUCCAUCUUCAACCCAAUCGCUACCGCUACAUGCCCGUACAUCACCACUGUUGACUCUACAGAAAUGCAGAAAGACACCUCUGAGACGGGUAAGGAAGUUGUUUGCAAGACGCGCUACUCGCCUGGUGGUGGCUUCUCCAACGUCUUCCCCCGACCUGACUACCAAGAUGCGGCUGUAUCAGCGUAUCUCGCGAACCACGCCGGAAACCUUACUAGCUACAACAUAACGGAGACGGCAGUUCCCGUCGAUAGCUCGGGAGGCAGGUAUAACAGAGCUGGCCGUGGAUAUCCAGAUAUCUCUGCCCUCGGCAGUCAUAGUUAUGUCAUUUUAAAGGGAGAGGAGAAGCAUUAUGGAGGCACCUCCAUGUCAGCCCCCAUUGCUGCGGCUGUGUUCAACCGCAUCAAUGAAGAGUGCCUUGCUGCUGGUAAGAAGACUGUCGGUUUUGUCAACCCGGCUUUGUAUAAGAACCCGUCCAUGUUCCAUGAUAUUACGCUCGGAGGCAUGCGCAAGGUACGCCCUGCUGCAUGCGGGGGUGCGAGCUUUGACGCAACUCCUGGCCGGGACUCCGUCACUGAUUUGGGUACGCCCAACUACCUGGAAAUGCUGAAAUACUAUAACUACAAUUAUUUAAAGGUAGCCAAACUAUGA